CCAAUGCUGACCGAAUACGAUUACGAUCUAUGCGAGCACAGCGGCAGACACGGCGGUCGUUCAGAAGCUUCGCUUGGCGACCGCUGUAAAACUAAUGUAAGCAAUGUUGCGAAAAAAGAUAACUCGCCUCCCCUUAAAGAUAAGCGACAUGACACGAGUUCCAAGAAGUUCACUUGAAAAAUAUCCAUUACCUUCUCCCCCCCUUCCGUACCAAUACACACACAUAAUCCUUAUCUUCCGGUCGAAACCAUAGAUUUCCAUUUUCCGCCCAUUGCGGCCACGCACCUUCGGACGAUAGUUUUCUCUAUUUCUCCACUUUUCCCACAGCCUUUAAUUGAUGAUUGUGAGAGAUGAAUGUGAUUGCACAAGUUGCAACAGGAACGAACAUUCUGCACAGACACACAGGGGACGAUUCACACACGCGAACGGAGUGGGACGAGCCCUCCGCAUUGCGGAUCCCUUGUUAUGCUGCGGACAGCGAAAGGCCGAGACGAGCCUGGGGGCGAUCCUGGGGGCAUCUUCGCAAACGAACGGCCCGAUGCGAAUGUAGAAUAACAAGAUUGUUAAACUAUGUACCACUCUCUGUAACGAUAGUCUCUGUAAGAGCGGGAUGUAUUUUGAAGCGGUAAAGCGAUGUGUGGCUAGCAAUUUGGCAGCAAAACAAGCGGAAACGGCGAGAUGUUGGCAAGCGUUACCCAAUGGUGCCCACUGUCUUUAUGCUUCAGAAUACGCUUGCUCCUUCGGCCCGAUUGCAUCGGGUCGACACGGUUGUAAAACUAGCCUGUAAGCCUUUGGAGACGUGGCGCUUCUGGAGCGGCUGGAUCGGCGCUGCGGGCGACAUCGGAGAGUCUGAGAGGACCUUUAAUGGACCAUUGAACGGGUUAUCAUCCAUCAUUAUCAUCCUUUGCAACGCGCUGCCAUCACGGCGAGGAGGCUAAAAGCUACGGCCUGCCGCUACCUGGUACCGUUUGUAUGCCAUCUUUUGGGUGACUAGUUUUAACAGCGCACACACGCACACACUCGGUUCAUUCCCUUUCAUCAGUAGCAACACACUUCUUUUCUUAACGGAUGUCCGCAGUCGUCCGCAGUUUACGAUUUCCCCAUGCGUGUGUUCGCCUCUCUCCAACACCAACAUCCCGCCCUGGUCAGCUAAGCGGUCAGUGUUUGGUCACAAACCGACGUUACCCGUGUGUGUGUCCCAUGGUGUUCCGCUUUGCGUUAAGAGUCGGAUUAAAGCAAGGUUUCAAACGCAACUUCUCAAAUACAGGACAAGAUCAAAACGAUCGAAAACGUAAUCGACAUGCUGGAUGGUAUCAUAGCGAAGGACAGGACACCGUCGCCGCCGCCGAUGUUGCCUGGAACGACAAUGCCACCGCUCGCCACCAUUCCGGACCCACCGGCUCCACCAUCGCCACCCAGCCCCGGAAACGAUGGCGGACGUGCACAUCGCAACCCAUCACGCUCUCCCCGUCCCGACGGUGGCGCGGAUCGUGACCGAACGGACUCACCUUCACCCGAGCGGCUGAAGAAUGAAGUCUUGGAGAGUAUGCAUGCUCGUGGAAAACGCAAACCGACGGACAAAAAACAAUCCGACCAUUCCGAGGGUAAAAAGAAAAAGUCCCCCUACAACUACGUUCACUACGAUCCGGAGGUGCACUGGUGUGGCACGUGUAACGUGUUCCCGAAAACGGCCAGAGAGUACCUGGCCCAUCUGCACUCGGAGCAGCACCGAAGCAGGACGACCGUCGACGAGGGUUCGAGCGAGGAUCACAAGAAGAAAGCAGCACCAUGGCGUGCGCAGCUCGACACCGACGAUACGAUGGUUAACCCGGACGCACCGUCCAAAAGGGCACCGAUACGGGGUUUACAAUUUUUCGUUCCAGCAACGGCCUGGUACUGCAAGCUGUGCAACUACUGGAUGGGGGAUCUGCAUUGCGCGUCCUGGCACUUAAAAUCGCAAACCCAUGCCGAUGCUUACGGAAAAUACAUCGAUGGCCAUAAAAACUACGAAACUGACUGGAAGGCAGAGCGGCAAACUGCGUUCGAAAAGUACGGAGCUUCUGCUGGCAAGGACGCACUAGCGGACGGCGACAUUCCGGCGCCACCACCGCCACCGACCGCGGAAGAGCUUCGAUUGGCAGCCUCGGGCGCUCCCCAGUCGAACGAUGCGUUCGUCGGUGCAUCCUCCGCUUUCCAGAUUCUACCAAAGAACUCGCUUCAGGAGCACAAGGGCGGAGCACCGUUCGAGGUAUCGUCGCCGGCGCUCACGGCAAAGGACGAACCGCAACCAUCGAGCGCGUCGAAAAAGUCGAAAAAGAAGAAAUCGCGCAAGGAAGAACGGAAGGAAAAGAAAAAGAAGAAGCGAACGAAGAAGCGGAAGCGAGCGGCCGCCUCGUCCAGCUCGUCGUCGUCCAGCAGCAGCUCCGACUCUUCCGAUUCCGAGUCCGAUUCUGGGUCCGAUCGGGAAAGCAAGGCAAGCGAUAAGAAUGAAAACCCUAUACACGCGGCCAUGCGUAACAUUUUGAACGCGAAGGAGGUGAAUGCGCGAGAGGUAAUGGCUGCGGCCGCGGCUGUUGCUGCUGCCGCCGGUAAAUCCAGCGCGCCGAACGAACCGGGAGCGGCGGCAGCAGGUGCUGUCGGAGCAACGAAAGGUGAGCCAAGUUUAGGCAAAUGGACGGUGGUGCAUCCAGCGCAGGAAAGAAAAAUGGGUGCAUCGCUUGGAGCAGCAGCAUCGAUACCGGCAGCACCGUCGGCAUCGUCAGCGGGCACUGCUUCAAACCUCGCUCCUUCGAACGCCUCCAGCCAGAGUGUGGACGACAGGAAGCGCAAUGUGCGUGAGGAGGAACGGGACCGAGACCGUGAAAAGGAUCGUGAUCGUGACCGUGACCGCGACCGAGACAGUAGACGUAGUGUCGAUCGGCGCGACCGAUGGGGUCGACGGGAUAGCCCGGAUCGGUACGGCGGACGUGACCGUGACCGUGACCGGGGCAGAAGAACCGAUUACCGCGACUAUCGUGAUCGGCGCGAUAGACGUCGCAGUCGUUCGAGGGGACGCCGUAGCCGCAGUGGAAGCGGCGGCCGAAGGUUCCGCCGUAGGUCGUAUUCGCGGUCGCGCACACCGCGUUCACGAUCCCGCAGCCGGUCCCGUACCAGCCGUGGUGGCAGCCGUCAUCGACAAAUCGAAAAAGCGGUUCCUAACUUCCCGCCCGAGCCGAAACCGACCAAAGCGGAGAAGAAGGCACCGAAGCCGUUUAGCCGCUCGGACGGUGGAAGUUCCACGAGUAAAAAGAGCAAAGCCUCAUCGAGCAGUGCAGGCAGCAAAGGAAGCUCUACCGAGAAGGGUAGCGCGCCCAAGAAGCUUCCCUUUAUUGGCCGCAUGCCUGUGUUUAAAAAGCAGCAGGCAGACAACGCGAAGAAGGAAGAAGCGGCAGCAGCUGCAGCUGUGGCGACAGUUCCAACGGCCGAGGAAAGCAAUGAGGCUGGAGCUGUGCUUGAGCAGCAAACCGAAAUGGUUUCCGCGCAGCUCCACGAGUCAAUGGUCGGUGGCUUUGCUUCGGAUAAUGCCACCGAAGCGGCGGCGGCAACGUUAGCCAUGAUGCAGGGCCAGGAGGGCGUGUAUGAUCCGCAGCAAAUCGCACAAACCGCAGGAACCGACGCGUACCAGUAUGCGAAUCUCGAAAUGGACGAAACGGUCACACCGCAAGACAUGGACUUGGUCAGUGCGGAGGAGCAAAUGGGUGAGGCGGAGAUGGUGGUGGACCAGGGGGAGAGUAAUGCCGAAGACAGCACGACGCUUGCCACCGACAGCGCCCUGCAGGAGGACCCGGAUGCGUACGUUUCGGCCGAUGGGCAAGUGCCGCUGCCGAAAGAUUUCCAAGAAGCGCUCGACAUCAUUUACGAUGGUGGCGACAAGCCGAAGCGUGCGGAUGUGAUUGCCAAGGAGGCAGCGGCGGCGGCAGCAGCUGCGGCAGCGGCAGCCAAGCCGCCAGAGAUGGUGCCGGAUCCGCACGAGCAACCGGGUGCAAUGGUACCGGGAAUGGUAAUGAUGAUGGACCACGAUCAGCCCCACAUGAUCGUGCCGGAAGCGAUCGACAUGUACAACCAGCAGUACGCACUACAGUAUGGUAUGCAUCCGGCCGAGUACAUGGCAGCGGCAGGGGCGGCAGCCGUUCAUGGCAUGAUGACAAUGGGGCACGGUGUCGUACCUACCGAGAUGCAUUACGUGGAGGACGAGUCGCAGAACCAGCCGCUGGACAAUAUGAUGUACGGUGCAAUGCAUGCUGCCUCGAAUGCGGCCGCAAUGAUGCACCAUCAUCAGCAAAUGGUGGCCGCCGGUGCACUGGAUCCCAACGCGGCCGCUUACGCCAUGGCAAUGGCAGCCGGUGGUGGUUAUACGCCGGAGAUGAUGGCCAUGCAUCAUCAAGCAGCGGGUGGUGUUACGGAGGGUCAGCCAAUGAUGGACCCGUCCGUUUCAGCAGCGUUGUAUGCUACUGAUGGUUCGGCGGCACAGGAGUCGGGUACCGUUGAAACCACCACACAAGAAACUACUGGACAAGAGCAUGCACAGCAACAGGAACAAAAAGAAGAACAUGAACAGGGAGCAAUACAAGAACAAGAAAAGGAACAAGAACAGUCAUCUGAACAAGAAAAAGAACUUUCUCCAGAGCAUGAACAUGAGCCAGAAAGAGAAGAGGUACAGGAAGAUAAACUGGAACAGGAGUAUAACCAGGAGCAAGAUCGUCCUGUUGAAAAUUUCGAAUCAGAAUCGACACAACAAUUGGAGGACAGCGAUACCCCACAGGACAAUAUUGUUGAGGAAACGGAUAUGCCUAGCAGCGCCAAUGAAGAGUCAGUUGAGGCCGAGCAAGUAGAACAGGAACCAGUAGAAGAAGGCUAUGCUUACCUGGAGCAUGAGCAGCAAGAGGUAGAAGAAGGUUACUCCUAUCCCGAGCACGAACAGGAAGCAGUAGAUGAAGAGUACACGUACUCGGAACACGUGCAGCACGUGGUAGAGGAGGCCCCGGUUUCCGACAAUGAUGGCGAAGCAUGUGUAGUUAUGCCGGAAGGAGAAGAAGAAUACGUUGAAGAAUCGAUGCAAUCGAACGACAACUACGAGCAACCCGCUUCGGAGGAACCGUGUGAUGCAGAGGAAGAGGAGGCGGAGGAGGUGGAGGAGGUGGUGUAUUCGAAUGAAAACUUCGAUCAAAUGGGAUCCGACGAGAAUGGUGUAGCGCAGGAGCAACAGUACGAACAAGGUGGGCCGAUGCAGUCGACCCAAUCCUUGCUGGACAGUAUGAUGGCCGCUGCCAUGGGCGACUACAUAGAAGAGGAGGUGACCGAAGACCAGUCGCAAGAUUAGUAGUAGCGCAUGUUAUGAUAGCAUUCACACACACACACACAAUAGGAAAGCAAAUGUUGAACAGCAUCAACUUGAAUUGUUUAUACACCUUUUCAGUCAAUUUUAAACUUUGAUUUUGCACAUGCAGCUGCAUACGGUGUACAUGGGACAAAUGGUAAAUUUAAUAAAAGUACUGCUUACCAAA